GGCCCUUGGGCCAAGCACCAGUCUUCCACUAAAACAUUCAUUAUCAUCUGUUCCAGCAAACGACAACGUAUUCCAACAAACAAUAGAGCAACAAUGGAGGGAUCAGAAAAUAUGGAGAGCUUCCUCCAGUGGAGUUCGGCAAUUGGAAUCUCGGACUCUCCGAUUCCGGGAACACCUUCCGGCUCAUGUAUCAGCCGUUCUUUGUCCGUCUCCCAUUUUCCCGGCGCCGGCGGGAGAGGCUUAGCUGCGGCCCGUGAUUUAAGAAAGGGGGAGUUGGUCCUUAGGGUUCCGAAGUCGGCGCUGAUGACAAGCGAUGGUCUGAUUGGUGAUGAUCGCAUGUUGUCUGCUGCCUUGGUGAAACACCCUUUACACUCGUCUACCCAGAUAUUUUCCGUUGCUUUACUGAAUGAAGUGAACAAGGGCAAGAGCUCUUGGUGGUACCCUUACCUGAAGCAGUUGCCUCAGAGUUAUGAUUUGCUGGCAUGUUUUGGCCAGUUCGAAAUUGAAGCUUUGCAGAUUGAUGAUGCCAUUUGGUCAGCUGAAAAGGCUGUUAUUAAGGGGAAAAUGGAAUGGGAAGAAGCUACUGCUCUUAUGCGUGAACUUAAUCUCAAGCCUCAGCUCAGAACCUUGAAAGCAUGGCUAUGGGCUUAUGCAACUAUAUCCUCGCGAACCAUGCAUAUACCGUGGGACACUGCCGGUUGUUUGUGCCCCUUGGGGGAUUACUUUAACUAUACACCUCCUGAAGAACAUUCGGCAUGUCCAAACACUAGAAAGAUUCCUGGUGCUGAUUCCUUAUCUUCUGUAGAAAGAGAAAGCACUCAUAACCCAAUAAACGGCCUGUCAGAUGUGAACACGGAUAGGUUAAUUGAUGCUGGCUAUGAUGAAGCGGCCGCUUGUUAUUGUUUUUUUGCUAAAAGAGACUAUGGUGAAGGAGAACAGGUUCUUCUAAGCUACGGUACAUACACAAAUCUCGAGCUCCUUGAACACUAUGGCUUCAUCCUUCAAGAAAAUCCAAACGACAAGGCAUUUAUAUCCUUGGAGACUGAAAUGUACUCCCUCUGCCCAUGGCCCAAAGAUUCACUAUACAUUACUAAUGACGGUAAACCGUCAUUUUCCCUCCUAUCGACCGUCCGGCUGUGGGCCACCCCUCCCAACAAGCGUCGAUCGGUCAAACAUUUAGCCUUUUCGGGUCAACGUGUCUCGAACGAGAACGAGGCUGCCGUCAUGAAGUGGAUAAUGCACAAAUGCCAAGCAUUGCUGAAUGACUGCCCAACCUCAAUCCGUGAAGAUGCUCAUCUUCUGAAAAUCAUCGAUAAUAUUCAAGACUACACGGGACAGGUGGAAGGCCUGUCUGUAAUUUUGUGUGAUGAGAUUCGUGUUUUUUUGGAGAACAAAUGUUUGAAGAGUGGGAAAAGCUCUUAUGAGUUGGAGUUUUGUGAAAAGGCGAGAAGGUCUGCGUGCAGGUGGAAACUGGCGGUGGGGUGGAGGCACGCGUACAAGAAGAUAUUGAGUGAAUGUGUUUGUUAUUGUACUAAGGUGUUGGAUGAUCUUGGUUAAUUACAAAGGUUCUUGUAAAAUUUUAGAGAGUAUUCUCAACACCAUUAUAGGUUUAGAUAGAUGUUUGUCAUAGCUAUUUAACAAGUGCUUGAAGCAUAGUAGCUGACCAGAGAUGCUUCUGAACACUAGAGAAAGUGAUUCAUAUCUUUGGUAUGGGGAGAGAAAAACACACACUUACUCUACUUUUGAUUAUUUAGGGGAUUGUUGGACAUUACAUGUAAAAAUUAACUUUUUUUUUAAUAUGUUACCUUAAAAAUCUAUUAAUGUAGAUAAGGGAUGAUGACUUAUUAAUUUAUCAAAUG